CGGGCGCUCGGCGCUCAGAGCACCUGGCUCCCCGCAGAAACGGACUAAUCGGCGGUGCCAGCAAGCGAUUCGCAGCCCGGCUUCUGCACGUGUCCCUGCCCCGCGGCCGCCUCCCCCCGGCAGCCAGGCCGCUUGCAAAUGGCUUCGUCUCCCGGGGCGGACUUUCAGCUCUGCCCGCUGUGCCAGGAGCGGUACGGCCCGACCCGCCGCCGGCAGGCCCUGCCCUGCCUGCACGCCGUGUGCUGCCAGUGCCUGUCCGCGGCCGGCUUCCCUGCGCCCGAGCUGCGUUGCCCCAUCUGCGGGCAGAAGGCGACGCUCUCGGAGCCCUGGGGCAUGGACGCGCUGCCCACCUCCAGCUUCCUCCUCCGCAACCUGCAGGACGCGCUGGGGACCGCCGCCGAGGAGCCGAACCACAGCGGCCGGGGCCUCGCUCUCCCCCCGCGCAAGCAGCGGCACCGCUGGUCCAACAGCGGCUCGUCCCCCGCCGCCGCCUCUGCGGCCGGCCCCGACCCGCUGCUGCUCCGGUGGCCGCCGGCGCAGGGCGAGCCCCCCUGCAGCUCCUGGAACGAGCGCAACGCUGCCAGCUUCCGCGGCCGGAGCUCUGGAUAUCGCCUCUUAUGGUUAAGAUACUUAUUUUCUUCUGUGGGUGGCUUAGUGUGUCAUGGGGGAAAAAAAUGGUGUGUCCUUUUCCAGGUGCUGCACUUCUACUGUGACACUUGUUCUGUCCCCAUCUGCUCGGAAUGCAUCAUGGGACCACAUAUGGGUCAUAAUUUUGUCUAUCUCCAGGAUGCCCUCCAGGAUUCCAGAACCCUCACCAUUCAACUGCUAGGAGAUGCUCAGCAAGGACGCCAGGAUAUUCAGAUGAGUAUUGAACAGAUCCAAGCUAUGGCAGAGCAGGUUGAGAUGAAAACAAAGGUGCUGCAGUCUGAAAUCAGAGCCAUGACAUAUCGACAUAAGAAGGCCCUGGAAAACUGGGAGUGUGAGCUGCUGUGGAAGGUGGAAAAGAUUAAUCAAGUCCAAGCCAAGUCCGUUCACCUGCAAGUUGAAAAGUUGCGUCAGAAUCUAAAUAACCUGGACAACACUGUUAGUGCAGUUCAGCAGGUCCUAGAGGAGGGUUGUAGCACGGAUAUUCUCUUGGCUCGGGAUUGCAUGCGGGCUCAAGUGCAGGAGCUGAAGAAUGUGAGAGGUCUUCUACAACUGCAGGAGGAUGUCAGAAUCAUGUUCACUCCUCCUGACCAGGCUCUGUAUACAGCCAUUAAAUCAAUGGGUUUUUUCAGCAGUGGGGCUUUUGCUCCUCUGACCAGAGCCACUGGGGAAGGUCUCAAAUGUGCACUACAGGGCAGAGUGGCAUCCUUCACAGUGAGAUGCUAUGACCAUGAUGGUAACCCAUGCCUUUCAGGGGGCGAUAUGGUCUCUGCAGUGGUGAUGGGUCCUGAUGGAAACCUGUUUGGCACAGAUGUCCAUGAUCAGCAGAAUGGAACCUACCUGGUCAGUUACAGACCACAGCUGGAGGGAGAACAUCUAGUCUCUGUCAUGAUGUGCAACCAUCACAUAGAGAAUAGUCCGUUCAAGGUCAUGGUAAAAGCUGGGCUCUGUUACAUUGGCGUUGGACUACCAGGGCUUUCAUUUGUCAGCGAGGAAAACAGAGGAGGCGCCUCCCUCCCACCCCCCCAGCAGGACUGUCCAGUUUGGCCGAUGUACGUAACAGAGGGAUAUUGAUGGCUCAUAAUGGCGUAUAUUACAUUGGUGGAGGUACAGGAAAGGCAUGAAAUCUGUCAUAGGAUGCGUCCAGCAGGUAGGAAAGCUGCCAUCGUCAACCAUCAAUAUCAAGGAGAAGGCUGAACUUCACUGCCUUUCAUAUCUAAAACCCAUCUAGAGGCUGAUCUACAAUGAAAACCUAUGCUGAUAUAGCCACAUCUCUCAGAGGUGUGAAAAAUCUACUCCACAGAGAAGUAGUUAAUGUGAGCCCCUGUGUAGACAGAGUUAGGUUGUCAGAAGAAUACUUCCAGUGUUUGAAGUAUAGACAUUGCCUUAGGGCUGGUCUACAGUAUGCAGUUGAAUUAGCCAAGUUAAUUUGAAAUAAAA